GUAGACACAGAGCAUCUGCGCCUCCUGCAUCACAUUAAACAUCAGACUGUAAAUGCGCUAUACUUGUAUGACCAAACAAUCAAACAUAAACCUUCUUCAAGUCGAAACAUCCGAUUUCAAAACCUAAGCUCAUUUCCUUUUGAUUCGUUGUAAGGAAACCUGUAUUGUGAAAAUGAGAAGAUAAAUAUUUUUUGACUUUUGAUCUAUUGACUAAAUCCCACUCUCUGACCUGCCUUUGUACGUUUGACCUCAACCUGCCCUACCGAAAAGAACUUCCAAGAAUCUCUCCCUUCCCCAUUGCCAAAAAAAGACAUUUUCAAAUGCCCAAAAACAGCAAAACCCUCAAGAGAGAAAUUGACGAUGACGAAGUUACGGAAUCUGUUAAAGAUUUGCUCUCCAAUGAAGAUAACUGUGAGGACUCUUUCAAGAAGAGCUCUCUAAUGGUAGGAGAUGUUCCACAGAAUAAGGAGCGGGAUGUUGAGGAGGGCUCAGAGGAGGAGGAGGAGGAGGAGGAGGAGGAGAGGCCCGCCUGGAGCAGCAAGCUCCAGUACAUCCUUGCCCAGGUGGGCUUCUCAGUGGGCCUGGGCAACGUCUGGAGGUUCCCCUAUUUGUGCCAGAAAAAUGGUGGCGGAGCGUAUCUGCUUCCCUACCUCAUUCUGCUGGUGUUGAUAGGGAUUCCCCUCUUCUUCCUGGAGCUAGCAGUGGGCCAGCGCAUCCGCAGGGGCAGUAUUGGGGUGUGGAACUACAUCAGCCCACGUCUGGGUGGCAUCGGCUUCGCCAGCUGUUUGGUGUGCUUUUUUGUGGGUCUUUACUACAAUGUCAUCAUCGGCUGGAGUCUCUUCUACUUCUCACAGUCCUUCCAGCAGCCUCUUCCUUGGCACGAGUGUCCCCUGUUCAAAAACAAAACGAAUACAUAUGUUGAACCAGAGUGUGAGAAAAGUUCAGCCACUACAUACUACUGGUAUCGUGUGGCCCUGGACAUCUCUGAUUCCAUCUCUGAGAGUGGAGGACUUAACUGGAGGAUGACUCUGUGCCUGCUGGCUGCUUGGACCAUGGUGUGUCUUGCUAUGAUGAAGGGUAUCCAGUCUUCUGGAAAGUCAGCUAAGACCUCAAGGGAUGUCUUAAAAGCAACACAGAGCGAAACACUGACCUACAGAGUGAUCCUUCCUAUGUCAGUGAGAACCAUCAGCCGCUCAUGUGAUCCAUGCCUGUGUAACGUUGUGAAACGUGAUGCAGCAUCCAUACGGAUCAGACCACAUGCAGUACUCUGGCAUCAGUGUGCUUUUGACCCUGUUCGCUUUAGACAGCCGAUGUUCAGGUUUUCUCAAAUCAUGUUCUUUGAGGAUCUAAAGGACAUGCUUGGUUUCACUCCAUACCGCUACUAUUACUAUAUGUGGAAGUUUGUCACACCAGUGCUGCUGCUGGGUCUUCUGGCCACAAGCAUCAUUCAGCUGGGACUGUCGCCACCUAGCUACAGCGCAUGGAACCAGCAACUGGCUCAAGAACAGUCUCUCAGCUAUCCGCCCUGGGGCCUGGCUGUCUGCAUCUCACUGGUGGUCACCGCCAUCCUCCCUGUGCCUGUGGUUUUUAUUCUGCGCUGUUUGAACAUCAUCGACGAGAACACAGGAGGCCUGUCCACUGUCUCCUAUAAAAAAGGCCGCAUUAUAAAAGACACUGCUUGUAGGGCCAGAGAAGAGGACGAAGAUGACACAAGUCUUCUCAACGCGAAGACGCCAAGCGAAGCCCCGUCGCCCAUGCCAGCCAAUUACCGCAAGCAUAGCGGUCCUGCUUCGGGCACAGACGUCACGCUCAACGGUAGCUGCAGCACUGGAUACGUAAUGCCUAAUAUUACAGACAUUCCGGAAUCUGAUUUGUGAGGACUUGUUCUUGAAAUGACCAGUGUCAUUUCAUUUGCCCUGUAAGAACCUCUUCAUCGAGUUCCAGAGCUUCAAAUGUCAAUCACCUGAGUAGCCAAUCACAAUUCAUCAAGAUGAAUGUGAAUGCUAACGGAGAGUGUUCUCCUAUAGACCUCUUCUAACAGCCAUCUUCCUUUCACACUGGUCCAAUACAAAAGUUUCAACAUUUCUAACUGUAUUAUGUGUACUAACGCCCCCUACCCCCAUCCCAAUCCAUUGCCCCAACUGUUGCACGCACUUAUCCCCCUCUGUAGGGGCCUGUAGACCCCUGGUUUAUGCUCUUACUGUAGAAUGGCUAUUUGUACGGAUUAUGUUGCAAGUCAGGGCAGUUACUGUCCACAAAAAUCAAGAUUAGAAGCAGUUUAGCAGCUUUGGAAAAGUCUAGAAUGUAAAUGUAUGCAUAAAAUGGGGAAAACAUGCAAUACUUUUUUUUUGGAUGUAGUUAAAUCAUUGAACAUCAGUGUAUGGAUUGCAUUUAAAACAACCCCAACUCAUUGUUGGAAAAUGUGUGCCUAAUUCAUUCUAAAAUUGUUGAUAGAAUAC